AUAUUUCUUUAAGCUCAAGUGGGGUAGCAUAAAGGUAAAAAUUUGUAGUAUGAGGGCUCAAAGUGAAGAACAUGUUUUCUUCAAUUGGAAGACCUCUAGGCAAUCACAAAUUUGAGGAAGCAUAACCUCAUACUUGUCGGAUGAUGUUAAGCCCCCUUAAAAUUUGGUGGAUAGUCCCCAACAGUUCUUUCAUAAUUAGUCUAAAAUAGAUGAGAUUUUUGAACCAAUAGAAAUAUUUACCUAGAUCAUGCAUUAAAUAAUUUGGAAUUCUGAUAAUCCAAAUAUGGGUCAAAAUCAAGUGAUUACCAUAAAAAACCCAAUUCCUAUAAUAGAUCAUAGAUUUUUCCUCAUAAAUUUCAAUUAUGGUAUUUCAAUAAUCAUCAGAUAUUGCAUUGAAACAUCCAACUCUAGUUAAGAAACAAAUCAUCAUAAUUUUAUUAUUGUGAAUUUGUAAAAUCUGUCCAAGUUGCUUCACUCCCAUGAACUGCAAAUCUGUAACUUACUCACAUUGAUACGGCGCCAUAGUGAUCAUGAAGGCAGUUUUCCGCGUGCCGUGCGCCACCACGCUAUAAAUAUAACGACCAACCCACCCCUCAAUUCACCUGACCACUUGCUCGCUCAAGGGAAAAGAAAAGAACAUGAUCGCACAUAAAUUACGCUCGCUUCUCUGCGUAUUCCUCGCAAUUUUUCUGGUUUCUGAGCUCAACGAAGCCUCUCCCGUCUGGAAAAGAGAAACCAUCGUCGACGGAUGGAAGCCGAUUGACAACCCCAAAGACCCAAAGGUGGUUGAGAUCGCAAAUUUUGCGGUGACGGAGCACAACAAGGAGGCUGGUACAACCUUGGCUUUUGAAUCUGUGGUCAAGGGAGAAACACAGGUGGUUGCCGGCACGAAUUACCGGCUGGUUAUCGCCGCCAAGGACGGCAGCGCCGCCGAUUCGAAGCAAUAUCGGGCGCUUGUUUGGGACAAGCCGUGGCUGAAAUUCCGCAAACUCUUGUCCUUCGAAGAAAUUAAAGGUUAAUGGAGAUUUUAGGGCUAUGGUGGUGGCUGCUGCUUCUAAAUUAUAUAUUCACAUGUAU